AUAUAAUUCACAAUCUGGACGAAAUCAUACUAUUUAUAUCUACAUAGAUCUAAUAUUCAGAUCUAUGAUACCUAUAAGCACUAUAAGCAGUUUUUUAUCAAACUGAGGUGAUAUCUUGGUAAUUCGUAAAAGAUGAAAAUUUGUAUCAUUGGUGCAGGUGCAGCAGGGUUAGCAGCUUUGAAGCACAGUUUAGACGAAGGUCAUGACUGUGAGCUUUUCGAACAAACUGGCUACAUUGGAGGAGUUUGGAAGUAUGUCGAUAAAGUGGGUCUCGAUGAAUUCGGAUUGCCCAUUCAUACAUCUAUGUAUGAAGAUCUAAGAACCAAUCUACCAAAGGAACUCAUGUUGUUCGAAGGCUUUCCUUAUAAAAAAGAACUAACUCACUCCUAUAUCUCCCAACAAGAAGUACUUGAAUAUAUCGAAGCUUAUGCAGAAUUCUUCAAACUAUCAACACAUAUCAAGCUAUAUCAUCAUUUGGAGGUUGUCAGUCCAAUACCGGGGCAAAUAUGGUCGGUACAAGUGAGGAAUCUCAAAACGAACAUGCUGGAAACGAGAGAAUUCGACAGUAUCAUGAUUUGUGUUGGCGAAUAUUCAGAUCCAAUAAUUCCAGAACUACUUGGAAUAAAUAAAUUUGAUGGAAGCAUGAUACAUAGUCAUGAUUAUAGAAACCCAAAUCCAUACAAGAAUAAAAUAGUAUUGAUAGUUGGAGCCGGAGCUUCUGGAAUAGAUAUUGCUGCAAAGGUCUUUCCUGUAGCAAAAAAGGUGAUCCAGUGUCAAAGAACAUCAACAAGCAGUGAGUUCAAACUGAAUAUGGUAGACGGCGUUAUUAUUAAGCCCGAAAUAGAUGAAAUUUUUGAGAAGAGUGUGAAAUUCAUUGAUGGAUCUGAAGAAGAAAUUGAUGACAUUAUUUUAUGCACAGGGUACAGAAUAUCGUUGCCAUUUUUGACUUCACAAUGUGGACUUGAAGUUGACGAUCAUUACGUCAAGUAUCUCUACAAACAUACUAUAAAUGUUGAACAUCCGUCAAUGGCAAUCCUUGGGUUGCCAAUGAACAUCCCACGUUUUCCUAUGUUCUGUUUACAGGCACGAUUCUAUUUGGCAUUUCUAAGAGGAAAUCUGAAAGUGACAAAAGAAGAAAUGAGACAAGAUGUUGAAAAAUAUAUGGAAGGCUGUAAAGAAUCCGGAAAAAAUCCGCACCUGAAAGUCGAGAAAGGAUUUGAGCAGCUUAUUGAAGACUUGGCUACCUUGGCCAACAUAACCCCUAUGAAACCAGUAAUCCCAAAAAUGUUCAACUAUCUGAUCAAAGUGGGUUUCGGAAAUUACAAUAUGAAAUAUACAAUUUUGAAUGACGAAGAUUUCGAAGAGAAUGCUGUAUGACGAUAAAGAUGUGAACACAAAACAGGAGUGAAGAUUUUCAAUAAAUUGAAGCAUCUUGAUGCAUUAUUAGAUAAACAUUAAAUAAUAGA